AUGUCUAAUGCAGGAAGCCCUGGUAAAAAGAGGUACAGCGCCUAUCACUAUGGUAUCCUGGGUGCUCGCAGCUUUCUUGCCUUACAGUCAUACGGUGGAAAUUACGCCUUUGAUGGCAAAGCGUACACCUUGACGGCAAUAUACAACGAUGGAACGCUACGCAUCUACGCGACUUGGCCAAGCGGACGAAUUCCAAGCCUAUCGGAAGGAGUGAAUCCCCUGAAGCAGAUACAGUACGACACGAUUCUUGUGGCAGGCUGGGUGAUUGGCAGCUCUCUCCAGGCGUGGUGUGAGGCUUUGACGGCUUUACGUGGUGCUGUUGAACGUACCGCUAGGUGGAGAGAAUCUCUGAUUGCUGCCGCCAAUGCCCAUACUUUGGAAGACUGUACGUCUGGGAGCAUCAGCGAUAGGACCGUCAUAGAAGACAGGAUGGCUUUUUAG